UGGGAGCGCAUCAACAAAGGGGGAAAUUAGUACAACGAGGCGACGUGCUUCACGCACUGAAAGGCAGCAGGGCAACUAAGCAAUAGUGUUACCAACCAUCUAAAAAGUGGCGGACUGGGAUUUGGGCCAAUAUUUUGGCAUCAAUUUCUAGAGAUUUGCUGUCCCGUCACUUCUUGGUUCCUAUGCGCUUCGACGUUGAGGCGUACGUGUGACUGUGACGUUUUAUCUUUACUACCGAAACGGUUGCCGACGUGGUAGUAAUCUUUACUGCAUAGACAUCGAGUGUGUUGAUGUCUGUGUAGCUAGGUCGCCUAUGCCAGAGCUCAACCCGAGGGUAGUCUAUGAGAGAAUUCCGUUAAUGCUGUGAUAUCAAAUAUGGUGAGCAAACUAGCUAAACAGCUGGUCGGGGUGUUGAAGGAGACAGACGAUGAAGGGGAAGCGGUCAAAGAGUUCUUGGAGGAAAUCAAGGAGGAAGGGGAGAAGCCAAAGAUCGUCAUAAGCGUCCAGAUAAGCGGCAGCAAUGGGAUCACUCCUCUCCAUGCCGCCGCGUAUCUGUUUGACAAUCCGGUCGUCUUGGAGAUGCUGAUAGCGACCGGGAUUGACGUUAACGAGACUAUGGUAAGGGACGGUAGGAUUUACAAUCUGGAUGGGAAAAUGUGCCAGAUCCGAGAAUUCUCCACCCCUCUUCUACUCGCUGCAAAGAAAGGUCACAAGGGGAAUGUUACCGCUCUGCUAAAACACGGAGCUAACCCGAAUAGUUUAGAUGCUGACAACAACGCAUCGCUGUUGUUUGCCGUUAGAGGACACCAUGUCGAUAUGGCUAAAAGUUUGAUUGAAAAAGGUGCUGAUGUCGAUGUGAAGAAUAAUAAGCAGGUGUCUGCUCUGCACAUCGCCUGCAGACGCCACGGUCAGCAAGUGUCUAUGCUGAAACUUUUACUAGAAAGCAAAGCCUGUCCGGACUUUCCGGAUGAAGAGGGAAAUACUCCUUUACACAUUGCGGUGUCUCGCGGAAAAAUCGAAAGCGUGAAACUUUUAUUGCGUUACUGUGACGUCAACCGUACAAACAAUGAAGGGAUGACGGCAAUGCACAUUGCGUGUAUGAAAGAUCUUCGCGAAACUGCCAAAAUUCUACUGAGAAGUAAGGCCGAUCUUAUGAUUCGCGAUGAAGAGGAGAAGAAAGCUUUAGAUUAUGCCACACCCCACAUGCGACAGGUGCUGCUAGAAUAUUCCUACCUUCCAGAGGGGACGGAUUAUUUAUUGGAAAAAUCAGACGAGAUGACGGAGAUAGGAGAGAACGAUGAGAGAUCCUUAAAGGACGUCGAAGAAGCUAACACACCGGUGCCAGCAGAUGUGCAGGAGCUUCGCGCGCGCUCCAUGACGCUUCACCAAGAACACCAAGAGCUAAAAAUUCGUCAUGAUGAGUUAAACAGCGACCAUACUCGUUUAAAGAAAGAUAACGAACAACUUUUAACUCGCAUAAGCGACCUUGAAGCUCGACAAGAGCGGUUAGAACUCGCUAUUGGAAAUCUUAUGGAAACGUACGACUCGGCUCUUUCCAAGACUGUUCAUAUGGAAUCUAAGACGGGUGAGCUGGAGGAUAAACUUGAACGUGUGUCGUCCGCGCGAAGGAGGCCGGGAAGCUCGAGACCGAGACACAGUGGGGGCGAUUCAGAAGAGGAAGAAGAAGAAGAAGAAAACGAUGACGAAGAAGAUGAAGAUGAAGAGGAAGAUGACUAACUUACAAAACAUUUAAUGAUAUUAUUAAGCUUAUGUAUUCAAUAUAUUUAAGCUUAUGCCAUUUACGUUGAAAUGUAUUUAUGUAUUAUUUUGCUCUAAUUUUUAUUCAUUUCAGUUAGGUAUUUAUUUUCUCAUUUUUAUCAGCGGGGUUUUUUUUUAAUCUUCAACGUAAGCACGAUAUUUUAAUAUUUCAUCUACUAUCUAAGAUUCUGAAACUAAAAUAAUCCUGCAUUCUCUGCGAUUUGUUUGUAUAGUUUUUCUUAAAAAGAACGCUUAAUUAAAUAUGUAUCUAUAGAUCCUUUGCAUCGAUAUGUUCUUCAGUGCUGUUAUUGUGUUCUAAAACCACACCACAAUAUCAUUUGUCCAUUGAAGCCAAUCUCUUUUGCGGUUGUACAAUAAUGUCAGCCAGUACCUAUUGUAAUAUCUAGUCAAUACCACUUAAAGUCUUUGACAAAAAUUGCUUUAUGAUGGAUGAGUAUAUCUCGAUACGUUUUUUUUUUUUUUUUUU